CAAUGCAUUAAUUUAACAAAUGUAAAUAAUAUGUAGGUUGUUGUACACUAUCAUAGGUUCAUUACAAAUUUGACAACCUCGUUUCCGCCACGGUCCGGUUAACAGUUGGAUUAUUCAUUUCCUUAAACAUGUGCACUUUAUAUGGGAUAAACUUUUAUGAGCAUUGUUUAUAUGAAAUUAUCAGAAAUACUUUUAUUUUCAUUUUGUGGUUUGUGAAAGAUUCAAUUUAUUACAAUGAAUCAUAAGAUAUAAGCUGUUACUCUGAGUAAUAGGAAAAGUAUUUAGUUUAAAGAUAAGGUAGUUUAGUUACAGAAUAAAAAUGGAUGAAGAAGAAAUUCUAGAUAACUGGAACUACCAGCUCAGCAAUCAUUUGAUAGUAAACAAUAUAAUUCUAGUGUUAUAUAUGGUUAUAGGAUUAUUCGGUAACGUUUUAGUGAUAUUCAUAUACAUUUUCAAGUUGAAGAAAAAGGAUGACCGGUAUUUCAUUCCAGUUCUUGCGACGAUGGAUUUAACAGCAUGUUCGGUUGGUUCAGCGUAUGCCCUUGCGUUAAAUCUACUUCCGGCCAAGUUUACAAGUGAUAUUAUGUGUAAAGUGUUGUGGUAUUUUAGUCAAGCUACGACCAUUUCGUCUGGGCUACUUCUUGUUGUUAUUGCAGUGCAGCGUUAUCUGAAAGUCUGCAAACCAUUGUUAACAUUAACGUUACGUUGGAAACGGAUUGCGAUAUUUUUGUGCUUUAUUAUAUCAUCGAUAUUUUCGAUCCCGACAUUAUUCUUUUACGGAGAACUACAGUUUCCUCAUCCAAUUAAUUCUUCCGUGAUUGGAUCAAGAUGUGGACAAAUUGGAAGAACAGACGAUUUAUUCCGUAAUAGUGUCAUAACAUACACUAUAUUAGAAUUCCUUGCGGCCAUUGCUGGUUGUAUAUCAUUUACCGUUCUCUAUGCACUUAUUGGAAAACAGAUAUAUAAAAAGUUUAUUAUCUUCAGACGAACAACGACUCUCAGACGACGACCGCUUGGCAAAAAUAAUAAACCGAUAUCAACGUCAACUACAGACGACAAUAAAAAUAGAGCGUCGGUAGACAGCAUAGAUAUAGACAUUGUGUCUUCAUUUAACAAUAGUCAGGAAAGCAUUGUGGAUGACAAUCAACCAUCGCAACGGAAGAAGCGAAGAUCUCUUGAUGUAUUGCAAGAAAACGUUUCAGCUUUAAAGCAGCAUUUUCAUACACAUCGUUACACAUACAUGUUUAUGGCAAUUACUUUAUUUUUUAUGAUAACUUUUACUCCUCGUAUCACAUUGAUGGUGACGGAAUCAGUUGACCAUAACUUCUGGAGAAAUCUGGUCGACCAGCCUAAAACAAUAGCUGUAUGUUUGUUUUUCUAUCGUUUUUACAUUUUCAAUCACAUUAUUAAUCCAUUUAUUUAUGGAUUUUUCGACACUACGUUUAAGUAUGAAGUGAAGAAAUUGUUUUGUAUGACAACUAAUUCACGGGCUCGAGACAGCGAGUUUUAAAGUAACAUACAAACAGACUUUGACCUUGGUA